CGGGGACGGAGCGACCGAGGUCUGGUCCGGCGCCGCUGCAGGCGGGGCUAUCGCUAGCGGGUGUCGAUGUCGUCGUCGAAGACUGGCCGUGGCGUGGGGAGAGAGAGUGACCAUGAGGGUGGAUGUCCCCGACGCUCGAGCGCUCUCCUUCUUUUCAACUUCUCUUUUAUUUUAUUUUUUAUUUUUUUAUUUUUUUGGGCGUGAUCGAUUUUGUCUGGGUCGUGUCGCCGAGCAAGCCAUUCUUAUUUCCCUCGUUGUACGAAGUAACUAGGUCGCAGGUGAUAAAACUCAUCAACGAGGAGAGGCAUCAUCGCCCUAGCCUCGGCACGUCGAGAAAGGAGAGGGAAUAGCUUCAUUGUCCAAACACAAACGACAUGGCGGGAGACUCAACGUCGCCGCCGCCGGCACCGCCACCUCCACAGGCGCACGAUGACAGCAACAACUACAGCAGCGACGGCGUCGACGUCAGCAAGGUCAGGAUCCUCAAGGCGCUCCUGCCCAAGCUGCCCCUGAUCCUGCGCACCAUCGUCGCCCACAUCCUCAACCUCUCCGAGACGGCCCCCUACCUGGACCUGCGCAGCGCCCUCAUCGUCACCGUCCUGCGCUCCUUUUGCGAGCCCAACCCGUCGCGGCCCAGCUCCGUCUCGUCCAUCCAGCGCCUCACCGCGCGCGACCCGGGCGUCAAGGGCCGCGUCUGGGUGAGCACCUACGCCGCGCCGCCGCCGCCCGAGGAUGGCGCCCGCGAUGCCCUCGCGCUGGCCAUGGCCGCCCUCGAGCCCGACGCAGCUAAAGGCGCCGCUGCCGCUGGCGAUGCCCUCGUCGUGCCGCCCUACGCCGCCGCCGGCGUCGAGGCCGAAUGGACGGGCUACCGCGCGGCCGCCGCCCCCGACGAGCGUCCGCCGCGCAUCUCGGAGCGCGACAAGUAUCGCCAGAUGAUGAAGGAGGUCACCCAUCCGGCAACCAUUCUGUACCUGCACGGCGGUGGCUACUACCUGUGCGACCCGGCCUCGCAUCGCCCCACGACCAAGAAGCUGGCCAAGACGACGGGCGGCCGCUGCUACUCGGUCCGCUAUCGCCUUGCUCCGGGCCACCCCUUUCCCGCGGCCCUGCUCGACGCCUUCGUCUCAUAUCUAACGCUCCUGUAUCCGCCUCCGGACGCGUACCACGAGCCCGUGCGACCGGAGCACAUUGUCAUCUCCGGAGACAGCGCCGGAGGAAACCUUACGCUCGCCCUGCUCCAGCUUCUCCUCGAGCUCCGUCGCCAGGGCCAGCGGGUCGUGUGGCACGGCGAGGCCCGCGACGUCCCGCUCCCCGCCGCCGUCGCCUGCAACUCGCCCUGGAUGGACGUGACGCACAGCUCGCCCCUGUUCGAGGGCUCCGACCCUCACCCCUUCGACUACCUCCCCAAGCCCGCCAUCUCGGCCCGCGGCAAGAUCGUGCCCUGCGACGUCUGGCCCGCCAAGCCGCCGCGCAAGUUCCUCUACGCCGCCGACGCCGCCGUCGCGCACCCGCUCGUCUCGCCCAUCACGGCGCGCAGCUGGGCCGGCGCGCCGCCCGUCUACAUGUGCACGGGCUGGGAGCUGCUGGGCUUCGAGGACCGCUUCUUCGCCAAGCGCCUGGUCGGCGACGGCGUGCGCGUCGUCUUCGAGGACUACGAGGCGAUGCCGCACUGCUUCGCCCUGAUCCUGACCAAGACGCCCAACGCGCGCCGCUGCUUCGACGCCUGGAGCGCCUUCAUCAGGCGCGCCGUCGACGAUCCGGCCGGGAUCGAAUCCUCGGCGACAGGCAUCCGCGCGCGCACGCUCGAGGAGGUGACCCUGCGGUUCGACAACCUAAGCGACAUGACGUACGGGGAGUACUGCGACCGCAUGGUCCGCAAGGCGCGGGAGACGCCCAUGCGGGCCAUUGCCAAGCUAUAGCAUAGACGCGGAGCCGCCGUCUUAUUACCCGCCAAGGCAGGGGACAAGAGGCGAGUGGCGUGUUACUGCAUGAAACGAUGGUAGCGAAGGAGUAUUAGCUGCUUGCACGCUCAUGGCACAUCGAUCAUUGAAGACGGUCCGACUUUGGAAAUCAUCAUUUGGCAAAUGAGUUUUUAGCUCUGUCGGGCGCUCAGGCAAGCUGAGCUCAUAGCAGUUGAGCCGAUAGAAGCAGGUCACGUCGUGCAAGUUUUGGAUAUAUAAGCGGCAUCACAUACAAGACAAAUUUCCAAGAUGUUCG